CGUCGGAAAGAUCCCCCUACAUGGGUGUGCUAUCAAACUAGGAGAAGACAGAGCGUUUACUACUUGAUUUGUGCUCAUAUUAUUCUCAGACGAAUAGUUCUCUGAGACAGAGCGUUUACUACUUGCUUUAGAGCACAAGUCAACCAAUAUUCUUAAUUAUGAGGAACACACGUCCUAAAAGGAAAUCUCCAGUUUCAUCAAGUUUCAUCUGUGACAUUUGCGCGGAUCGUAAACCAUCCAAGAAAUCUUUUGCUAUAAAGGGUUGUAAUCACUCUUAUUGUUCUGACUGCAUUCGCCAGUACGUGAAAUCGAAGAUUGAAGACGGUGUUAUCCGAAUUUCCUGCCCUGUUUCGGGCUGUUACCGCAGUUUGAAGCCCGAGCAUUGUCGUUCUAUCUUGCCGUCUAAGGUGUAUAAUAAGUGGCAGGAUAAAUUACGCGAGGCUGCGAUCCCAGUCCGUGAUAGGUUCUAUUGUCCUUAUAAAUUUUGCUCUGCACUUAUGGCUAAAGGUCCUGAUUUUAAAGACAUACUCGAUAUGGAAUGUCAUAGUUGCCAUAAGUUGAUUUGUGCAAAGUGUAAUGUUCCUUGGCAUUAUGGUCUCGACUGUCAAGAGUUCCAAAAUUUACAUCAGGAUGAGAGGGAAAAUGAGGCUGUUAUGCUCAUGCAGCUCGCCAAACAGAAAGGAUGGACCCGGUGUCCCCAGUGCAAGUUCUAUGUCGAAAAAAUUGAAGGCUGCUUUCACAUAAGAUGCAGGUGCAAUAACCAUUUCUGCUACAGCUGUGGAGGUCAGCUAGGAGCUGAUCAUAGGCACAUCUGUCCAAAGGCUCGGCAGUGAGUCUUGGUAAGUAUCUUACUUCUCUACUCGACAUCAUAAAAUUUCUAGACUCAAGGGUCCAAUACAUAAUUUGAUUGAUUUGAACAUUAAUAAUCAGUUACUACUUACUGCUAUACUAUUUUUUUCGA